AUGGCCUACCGAGGCGGUGGCCGGGGAGGCCGCGGCGACCGUGGCGAUCCGCGCCCUCCGUACGGCCAAGGGCGAGGGCCCGGGGGAGCCGGAGGCGCCGCCCCGUACCGCGGAGGCGGAGGAAGCCGGCCCAGUGGCUUCGUGUGGCCGCCGCCGGCGUCCACGCCGCGUCCGGUGCCGCAGCAGUACCAGGCCGCGCCGAUGGGCUACCGCGUGCCCAUGGCGCUGCCGCACCAGGUCGCGUACCCACCGGCGGUCGUCUACCGGGCGCCAGCAACGCCUCAGGUCGUCUUCGCGCCUCCGCCCGCGCCUGUGACAGUCACCAUCCGGGCGCCUCCGCCCUCGCGGAGGCCGGCUCCGUCAUCGGCUCCGGCUCCACACCAGCUGGGGCAGGGCCCCUCUCGGGAGUCCGCUCAGGCCCGUGACUCCUCGGCGCCGUCAUCGGCUGCCCUGGCCAAGGAGGUUGAGAAGAAGCUGUUCGUGUCCGAGACCGCGCUGGCGCCGCCCGCGGCAGCCGCGGCCGCGAAAGUGGCGGCCUCGCAGGAGGGGACGGCUUCUGCUGCUGCUGCGGAGGCCGAGUGA